GGCUGCGAUGGGAAAGGUCAUAGGGUGGGCUCCGCAGGUGGCGAUCUUGGCCCACCCAGCAGUAGGAGGGUUCGUCUCCCACUGCGGGUGGAAUUCCACCCUUGAGAGCAUAUGGUUCGGGGUGCCGAUGGCCACGUGGCCGGUGUACGCGGAGCAACAAUUAAAUGCCUUUGAAUUGGUAAGGGAGUUGGGUUUGGCAGUGGCAAUUAAGAUGGAUUAUAGGAGAGACACCCAAGUGGUGGUGAGUGCGGAGGAGAUAGAGAGAGGGAUAAGGGAGGUGAUGGAGCAUGAUAGUGAUGUAAGGAAGAGGGUGAAAGAGAUGAGUGAGAAGAGCAAGAAAGCCUUGAUGGAUGGUGGGUCCUCACACUCUUCAUUAGGACAUUUUCUUGAUCAGAUUUUUCUUUGAUAUAUUAGGAAAGUCCUAGAAAAAUAAGAAAUCCCCGUACCAAUUGCUACUG